AUGAAUCUUCGCAAACUUGAAGGCGAGAGUCCGUUGAGAUGGGGUAGUGAUGCAGUCGAAAUUCCUGGUGCACGCAAACUUCUCGGUAAACUUGAGGAGGUCGCAGGGAAAUGGGCGAUUGUUACGUCUGGAACACGACCUCUAGUAGAUGGACGGCUCGACAUCUUGGGACUCGUUGCCCCACAGACCCUGGUAACUGCUGAAGAAGUCCAGAAUGGAAAACCGGACCCCGGCUGUUAUAGACUUGGGUUGAAGAGACUGUCAAUACCUGAAAAAGAUGAACUAUUUUUGCCUCCACUUUGCAUCGAAGAUGCUCCAGCAGGCGUCAGGGCCGGAAGAGCAGCCGGUUGCAAAGUACUGGCAGUUGCGACCACCCACAAUGUGGAGCAGUUGAUCGAUGCUGGGGCCCACUGGGUGGUCCAAGAUCUCAGGUCGGUGUCAUUAGGAGGCAAUGGUAGUGACAAGAGCAAAAUUAAUGUGGAAAUCAGAAACGCCUUUUCCGCAUGA